CCCCUGAAGAAGAAGAGGAGGCGGCGUCCAUGGUCGUAGCUUCACUGGACAAACAGCGUUGAUGUCAAUUGAAGUGUCGGUUUAGUUUGUUUUUGAUGAAAUUAUGAACAACGGUGAUUUCACGGCAGGUCGAGAGAAAAUGACAGCGCUCCCCGAUAAAGUGGACAUGUCUUUGGAUGACAUCAUUCGCUUGAACAAAAAAGAGAAACAGUUCAGGAGGAAACAAGCCAGCGGGAACCGCCGACCGUUCAAGAAGAAAGACCGUGUAGGUCCAGGGAGGGGCGGGGCACCGAGGGCAGCAGGAACCCCCCAGAGAGCAGGAGGUGGCUUUACCCGGGGAGGAGCUGCUAAGUUACGACAAAGAAGGAUUCCUCCUCUGCUGGGGCGACGGAGGGGUCAGGGGGUCAUCACGGGGCUGGCAGCCAAGAGGCCCGCUGUCCUGCUGAAACGAGCCGGGACCCUCAACAGAACCGCCGCUAACCAGCAGAGACAGAGACAGAAAGCGAGGCCCUUCAAUCCUCGCCCUGAGCUUCAGUACAGAAGACAGGAGGUGCAGAGACGCCUGUACCGGCAGCCCGACCCACACAGAGGCCAGAACGGAACAUCGGCCAGGAGACCCUUUCAGCUGCGACGGCAAGCUGCUCCUCCUGCCCAGCAGACUCAGAGGGAGGCCCGCCAGGCCAUGUUCCUGUUCCGCAGAGGCCUCAAGGUACAAGCACAGGUGCAGAAGCCAAGUGCCUCUUCUCCUCCAGUGAAAACACGCCAGUGGAGCACACAAACAGCUGGCAGUGGGAUUUUGACGGUGUCCAUCGACAACCCUUCAGCCAGGACUCAGCCUGAGCCUGCGACCGCCUGGACCCUCCACCCCCCACCCGUCACUCCUCCUGUGAAGGUGGAGAAUGUGGAGAAGAAAGUCCCUAAAGGAGUGCCUCUGCAGUUUGACAUCAACAGCGUUGGGAAACCGCAAACCUCCAUGACUCUGAACGAACGCUUCCGUAUCCUGAAGGAUCAGCGUGCCGCCACUGCUCAGAGCAGUAAAGGCACCAGAUUUGUUACCGUGGGUUAACGCUGAGGAGCUCCUACUUCCUGUUUCUGAGAAGCCCACCUGAUGGAUGGGGAGGGGCUGUGCUGCUGACAUCACAGAAAGACGUCCACCAGGGGACAAUGAGCAGGACACGUGUCAUCGUACUCAACUUUUUGUGUUGUGGAUUGUUCAGUUCUGGAAAGAUUCAUCCUUUUAAAUUUCUCUCCUCUCGGACAGGAAGCUUUUAACCCUGUGAACUCUUUUUAACCCUUUUUCUUUUCAGAAAAGACGGCUGUGUAUUCGCAAAGAAAGGAAUAUGUGUUAAACACGUUUUGACGUGUUUUUUUUUUUUUUGUAAAUUCUUUAAAUAAAGUUUCUCUAAAUUUUUCA